AUGAACAGUGGAUUAGGCCAAUAUCACAUCAUGGUUCAAAGAAUAGUACCACCGGAGCUAAUUAAGUUUGAUGCGCGUUCAUACUUCAAGGCUGUGAGGAAAGCAUUUCACGAUGAACCUGCCAAAUAUAGCAAGUUUGUAAAGCUCUGGUAUCAUUCUAAAACUCACAAACUCGAUCGCGCUAGUGCCAUUGCAAUGGUGAAGGAACUCAUGAAAGAUCAUCCGAAUCUGAUUCUUGGUUUCUAUGCCUUCCUCCCACCCGAGGCUAACAAAGGGUUUGGCCAAUCACAAACCAUAGUUGGAAGAAGAAGAACACCGGAUGCAACUAUGGAUGCUGCGUUUUCAUAUGCUGUUGAUCUGAUGGAGGCAUUUUAUGCUGAACCUGAAAAAUUUGACGAGUUUACAAAGCUCUUGAAAGAUAUAAAAGCUCAUAGAGUUGAUGUAGCUACUGGCUAUGCAAGGGUGGGGGAACUCUUGAAAGAUCACCGGAAUCUGCUUAUUGGUUUAAAUGCCUUCCUUCCACCUGAGGCUAAGAUAACCAUCCCUCCCAAGGCAAAUACAACCAUCGCUCCUGAGGCUAAGAAACCUACUCAUUCUGAUGUAAUGGAUUAUCUUAAGAAGACUAAGGAAGCAUUACAUGAUGAACCUGCAAGAUUUGAAGAGUUUAUAAAGCUCUUGAACGAUAGAAGAACUCGUAGGCUCAGUGUCGCUAACACAGUUGCAAAGUUGGAGGAACUCAUGAAAGAUCACCCGAAUCUGCUUCUGGGUUUCUAUUUCUUGUUUCCAAAGAGUAAGAAAACCAUCCCUUCCGAGGCUGAGCAACAGGCAGCAGCUAAGAAUAACAAAAGAGAACGUGCAUUGAAUUUUGUUCGAAAGCUUAAGGUCGCUGCAAUUCUUCGGGCUCAGGGUCAUGAAGAGUUAGUCAUGGAGCUUCCCGAGUUUUUCAAUGUAAUCGCUGAUUGGCCAGCAUCUACUGAAGAUAGCCAAGCACAGGAGAAAACUGUCUCUGCUUUAGGUUAG